AUGAGCUUAACAAAACCAUCAACGGUAACUAGGGUCGUCACAGGAAUUCGUUUUAGAAAAGUCAAUGAUGUUUUUCAUCUUCAAGUGGAACAAGCCGAACUUUUACCAUCGGCUACAAUUGAUCCAAACACUAAAUCUUGGGUAAAAGUCGAGGAGUAUAAGACAACCGACAGUGAUGUGUCGGAAGGCGAAGAUUAUAAUAAAUUGAGCUGGGAUCUUAGAUCAUUCGAGCUGGGCGACAUUGAACUCGAUAAAGAUUACGUUGUGACUGGUGUAAGAUUCACUGUAGAUAAAGGUCUUACUGCAAAUGAAGGUCUUAUAAGAUUAGAUGUUCGAGGCACUCGAUUUAAUUUUCAGAAUGGAAAACUCAAAGUUAAACAACAUUUGUGGCACCAGCACACAAAAUCUAAAGACCAGCUGAAACAAUUUAAACUGGAACACACCGAUUUACCUCCUACCCAUCCGAUAAACGAAGACGUUUCGUAUUCUGAAUCAAGUCAGUACAUUACAUUGACGACGAGCAGUAUGGAGCAAGAUGUCGGACAAACUGUCGUGCCAUUUGUAGACUUACAACCUGUCGUAUCGGAACACCCUGACGUUGCAUUGUCAGGGGUCGGAUUAUUCCAUAAAGGCUACAAAAAGAAGGCGGCUGGAUAUUUAUCAGUAAAGAUUUUAACGUAUAGAUAGAGAGGAAAGGAAAUUCCCAUUAAAUUUGUAAUAAGUUUUCGAUAAACUCGUGCCCUCAAACUUAAUUCUCCCCCUGCUUCGGUCUAUAUUUAAUUUUUCCAAUUUAGUUAUCCGAAAAUCACAUUUCCUUGAUACCCCAACCAAUAGUAACAUCACUGACUAAAAUGAAAAUGUUAUUUUCUGUUACUCCAGAAAAAUAGUACACC